GCCAGCGUCGUCAUGACCAACAAAUUGCAAUCAAACAAAAGACUUGUGAAUUUAUUUGACUGCUAUAAUGUAAAAUAUCCACCCAAUUAUUAAAAUCAAUCAACUAAUAAAAAUUACGUAAGAAUCAUGGAUGGAUACUUUGCUGAUCCAACCUACGAUGAGGAAACUAAAAUUCUUAGUGGGCCUGCGGAGAUUUACGUUCCUGAUCCAAAAGGUGUUGGACAUGCAUUUUAUACUCAAAUGAGACGUAAUCGACGAAAAACUGCACAGUAUCAUGUUGAAUCUGGAGUUAAAGAAUCUUUCGGCAGUAUGCUAACUCGAUCUAUCAAUACAUCAAUUGAAAUGCGCAACAGAGGAAUCGAACCCGGUGAUAUAAUCUCAAUCUGUGCUGGAAAUUCAAUGGAUAAUUACAUCCCUUUCGUCGCUGCGCAAAUGACCGGUGCAAUUGUAGCUUCGUUUGAUCCUACAAUCAGUUUAGUUGAUACAGUGCACCUCAUGAAGCAAGUGGAACCAAAGAUGAUUUUUGUUGAUCAAAAAAGUGAAAUGCUAAUUGAAAACGCAAUUCGCGAUGCAGAAAUCAAAUGUGAAAUGAUUGUAAUUGGUGAAAGUAAUAAAUACGACAUGUUUUCUGAUUUCUGCAGUGAGAAAGACAACAUAAAUGAAUAUGAACCACAUGCUGUGGAUGAUUUAAAGACCACAGCAGUUAUUCUCUUCAGUAGUGGUACCACUGGUCUUUCGAAAGGGAUAUCAAUUAAUCAUUAUGGAAUAUUUUAUCAAGGACACUUUUUUGUUUAUAGUGGAUGUGAUUUGGAUAGAUGUUUAACUUUUGCGACAACUUACUGGGUUUCGACGAUGGUUUUAAUAUCUGUUGAAAUGCUUUUUGGAAAAUGUAGAAUUGUUGUGGAGAAAUUUAAUCCGAAGGAUUUGUGGAAAAUUUUUGAUGAAGCUGGAGUUACUUUUAUAUUUAUGGCACCAUCUUCUGCGAUUAUGCUGUUAAAAACAGGCCGUCCUGAUGGUGUGGAUACAACUAGUUUAACGGAUGUGAUUGUUGGUGGUGGGCCACUAUCUGCAGAGAAUAAUCUUGCAUUGCGUGAUUUGUUACCCGGUACCAAUGUGCAAUUAAUUUAUGGUCAAUCCGAGGGAGCUGGUAUUGUUACAAUGUUUCGUAUCGGAGACCGCAGAGAUGUUUUACAAACGUUUAAUAAACCCACAUCUUCAGGGAGACCAAUUCUAGGUUUUUCUUAUAAAAUUGUGGAUCCAGAAACUGACGAAGUCUUAGGACCAAACCAAACCGGUGAGUUGCGCUUCACCUCACAAGGUAUGAUGAAUGGUUACUACGGACGUGAAUCCUCUGAAGCAUUCGACGAGGAUGGAUGGAUUCGAUCUGGAGAUAUUGCUUACUAUGAUGAGGAUUUCUGUUUCUUUAUUGUGGAUCGCAUCAAGGAAAUGUUAAAAUUUCAAAGUUUUCAUGUUCCACCAGCAAAAUUAGAAGGCAUCUUAAACUCCCAUCCGCAAGUGGCUACGUCAGUAGUGAUUGGUAUACCGGAUGAGCAGGAUGGUGAUCAUCCGAUGGGCUUGGUAAUCCUUCAGCCUGAUGCAACAGUUACAGAAGACGAAUUGGUUGAAUUUGUUGAGCAAAGAGUAGAUGAUAGAAAUCGUUUAAGAGCUGGCGUUCGUUUCUUUACUUCGUUUCCUUAUACUCCUUCGGGGAAAAUUAAAAAGAAUGUUUUGAAGGCAAUGAUUUUAGCUGGUGAAAUAAUUAUGGCUACUUCUACAAUUCACUAUAAUCCUGUGAAAAGAGUAAUAAAUGGAGGACACAAAUCUCAAGUUAAUUUGGAUAAUCGUGGUUGUGGGUGGCUUAUUUUUGAUUCUAUGAAGAAGUGGAGUGAAAAAGGAUAUAUUGCUCAAAUUGAAGAAUCAACUGCUUUUGAAGAUACUUUUAGUAGUCUUUUAACGCGAUGCAUAAGAACAGCAAUCUCUUUACAAAAUCUUAGUAUAAAAAAGGGUGAUAUUAUUGCAGUCUGUUCCAAUAAUCACCUCAACUCUGUUGUACCAUUGAUUGCUGGUUAUUUUAUCGGUGCUACAAUUGCUCCUACAGAUCCAUCUCUCUGUGUUGAUGAUACCAGAUAUUUAUUGAAUAUGGUUGAACCUAAAUUGGUUUUUGUGGCUAAAGAAUGUGAAGAAUUAAUUAGCAAAGCACUUAAAAACAGUGAUUUUGAUUGUGAGAUUAUAACUUUUCGAGCGGAUUCCGACAAGUUUAAAACCUUUGAUACCUUCUUGGAAAAGCAAGAUAACGAAGAAGUUUUCGAGCCAGUUGUUUGCGAAGAUUUGAAUGAAACUUGUUUGAUUUUGUUUAGCAGUGGCACAACAGGUUUACCAAAAGGAAUAUGCUUGAAUCAUAAAUUUGUAAUGAAUUUAGCGAACGGAAUGUCUACGAUAGAUACUGGUAACACAUUUCUUGGUUUUGCUUCUCUUUAUUGGAUUUCCACCAUAAUGAUCAUUUGCACUUGUCUUAUUUUUGGAUACAAACGAUUGUUAUGCCUUUCGUUUAAACCAGAAUUAAUUUGGGAUAUUAUUGAAAUGUAUAGAGUAAAUUUUGUUUUUAUUUCUCCUGUACAAGCAAUAAGAACAGUUCCGUAUUUAUCUGAAAAAGGAAAAAAUCUACAGUACAUGAUGAUUGCAGGAGGGUCAAUAUCACCACAAUACUUACAAGCCUUGCGAGAUUCUCUUCCAGAUACAAUGGUACUCAAUAGUUACGGCCAAACAGAAAUCGGUUGUAUAUCUGCACUCAAAGAAAAGAAUGAAAACUAUUACAAACUCGCAACUUGUGGACAACCAGUACCAGGACUCAAAUUAAAAAUUGUGGAUCCAGAUACCGAACUAGUGCUUGACUUAAACCAACAAGGCGAAAUUCGCAUCAAACCCUUGUGUCCCAUCAACGGCUAUUACAAACGAGACUCCUCUGACGUUUGGGACACCGAGGGAUACAUGAAGACCGGCGAUCUCGGUUACUUCGACGAUGACUUGUGCUUGUUCGUGACUGAUAGGGUCAAAGAGAUGUUCAAGUACAUGUCGUAUCACAUCGUGCCCUCCAAAUUGGAAAUGAUACUGCAGAGUCAUCCUGAGGUCGAGUUAGCUGUCGUUAUCGGUAUACCGCAUCCCACAGAAGAUAACCAUGCUUUAGGGAUUGUCACUUUACAAGCAGGAGGAGAUGUUUCUUCGGGCGAGUUAGAAAAGUAUGUCGAGGAUCGUGUCGAUGAAAGAAAUCAAUUAAGAGCUGGGGUAUUAAUUGUUGAUUCUGGUUCACUUCCGAUGACUCCAACAGGCAAAAUUAAACGCAAAGAAUUACGAGAUGCGUUGAUAAGAAUUCAACGUAUUCGUCCAUAGAUUGAAUUUAAAUAUAUUUUUAUUUUAUGAAUAUUCAUCAUUAAUAAAUCAUAAAUGUACUUUGAUU